AUGCUUUCCCUUGCUGCAACGGUCCUGGGGCUACUAGAAGUCGUGCGAGUGGUGGCUGCGGCUGACGACCCAUGCACCGGUGCUACCUCCGCAACAUGGGUUUCAAGCAAGAUAGCUCAUGCCUGCGAGCUCAACGUACCUUUUGACAAAGCGCGAAGUGAAUCCGUCAUCGACUCCGUCCUCAAGUCCCUCCAAUAUUAUUCGCUCGAAACAUGGUUCCUGGACUCACCCAAUCCACUCAUUCCUCACCACGUCAACGUUCGUGCGUUACUUGAAGGGGUCCAAAAGAGGACUGCAACGGUGGGAUAUAAGACCGACUGGGAUUUCAAUUUGGCGAUUACCGACGCAUUCAACAGGGAAGCAGACGGACACACGCUUUUCGUAGCAAUAUGCACUGAAGCCUUCAGUUGGAACUUGCCAUUUUCUAUCGCCACCCUUGCAGACAGCCCCUUCGAUCUGGUGGCACAUCCAACAUUCCUUGUCAAUUAUGAUUUCCCUAAUUCAGGUCGCGCUGGCCUCGAGGACUAUUAUGAGAGCAUUGGUGUCCAUGUUCGCCCUUUGGACGGUGCUCGUAUCCUCAAGAUUAAUGGCGUUGAAGCUAGCACAUACCUCGUCAACCUUGCGACCGAAUCAAGCAUCUACAACGGACUUGUUGGCUCUUUUGAGACCGUUAAUCCCCGUUACAUGAGACUGAAUUCGCGCUACUCAGCGGAUACCGUUUCAGGUCUUUUCACGCAGGAAGUCGGCCGUUUUGGACAGCGCGCGUUCUAUCCCGGCGCUGAUCAGGUCACUCUGGAGCUGCAACCAGCUAAAGGCAGACCAGUUACGGUCACCAUACCAUGGGCCGCCACUUUUAUCCGUCACGGAAACUCGACACAAAGUUUCAUUGAACAGACUUGCUUACCGCCGGCCAGUCAAGACGCUUCGGCCGCCAGACGCCGGCGGGAAGAGAAACGACUAGCGACUUCAGUAUCCUCAAUGAAUGGCAAGAGGAAGGCUGUCAUCGCCCCGGAUACACCCGAAAAACUGAGAAAACAAGCUUCUGAUCAGCGUGGCUUUGCUGGCAGUGGUAACACAGUACAACCUACUUUAAAAUCCUUCGGUCACUUCAUCACCCUUGAUAUAUACCAACUUGAGCAGCAUCCCAACGUUGGGGUUGUGUAUUUCGAGCAAUUCGAGCCCUCCGAUGACACGGGCUUCAAUGAAUAUUUCGAUGGGAUAUCAAACACCCUUUUCUCUGGAUUGACUGCACUCAAGGCUGCUGGCGUCAAGCACGUUCUUUUGGAUAUUUCAGGCAACCGUGGAGGAUUCAUUUUUGCUGGCGCUAUUUCCCUAUGGUCAUUGUGGCCCAAGGACUUAUACCCCGGCUUCCCAGCCGUAUUUAGAGACUCGGAUUUGAUCAGACGCCAGUCUGCUGUUGCAGCCCAGACAGAGAACUUCAACUCGGAAUACCUUUUUGAAUUUUACCGUGACCUUGAAUACAACUUGCUCAAGAACAAUUCUCAAUUUAUGGAUCCUCCGGUGCCACAAGUUGUAAAUGGUGUCAAGGAUGCAUAUUCGAAGCAAUUCUUCGACGACUUCGGGGAAGGCUCAUCUAGCGUCACCAGUUUUACCGAACCACCAUUCUCUGGUCAAGACUUUGUCAUCGUCUCAAACGGGAUAUGCGCCUCGACAUGUUCGAUAUUCAGCUCGUAUCUCUAUCAGAAACACGGUGUUCGUUCUGCUGUGUUCGGCGGUACACCUGCGGCCAUCAUCUCGCAAUUCGAUGGAGGAAUCAAAGGGUCUGAAGUUACGGACUAUGACAGCAUUCUCUUUGAACUCGAGACUUUGGGUCUUCAAAAUGACCCAGCAGCCCCCCAGCCAUUGCCGAUCCAGGUUUCCUUCAGCCUCAAUUUCAGAAAUGCGAUUCCCUACAUCGAUAAGCAGAAUGGAAUCCUCGAAUACGUCUACGAGCCGGCCACCAAAAAGUAUCAGUUCACGGUUGACCAGUUUAAUCGUCCACAGAAAAUAUGGGAGUUCGUUGCAGACCAGUUCUGGGGUAAGAAGUAA